AUGUAUAGCCAUGUAUACCCAUGUAAUGCCAUGUAUUGCCAUGUAUUACCAUGUAUAGCCAUGUACAGCCAUGUAUUACCAUGUAUUACUAUGUAUUACCAUGUAUGGCCAUGUAUUCCCAUGAAUACCCAUGUAUAACCAUGUAUUACCAUGUAUACCCAUGUACAGCCAUUUACACGAAUGUAUAGCCAUGUAUUGCCAUGUAUAGCCAUGUAUAGCCAUGUAAUACCAUGUAAAGCCAUGUAUAGCUAUGUAUAGCCAUGUAUUACUAUGUAUUACCAUGUAUCGCCAUCUAUUACCAUGUAUAGCCAUGUAUAUAGCCAUGUAUUACCAUGUAUUACCAUGUACUGCCAUGUACAGCCAUGUAUUACUAUGUAUUACCAUGUAUCGCCAUGUAUUACCAUGUAUAGCCAUGUAUACCCAUGUAAUGCCAUGUAUUGCCAUGUAUUACCACGUAUAGCCAUGUAUACCCAUGUAAUGCCAUAUAUUACCAUGUAUACCCAUGUAUAGCCAUGUAUAGCCAUGUGUUACUAUAUAUUGCCAUGUAUAGCCAGUUAUUACCAUGUAUUGCCAUGUAUUACCAUGUAUAGCCACGUAUUACCAUGUAUUACCAUGUAUUGCCAUGUAUAGCCAUGUAUUACUAUGUAUUGCCAUGUAUAGCCAUGUAUUACCAUGUAUUGCCAUGUAUCACCAUGUAUAGCCAUGUAUUACCAUGUAUAGGCAUAUAUAGCCAUGUAUUCCCAUGUAUUACUAUGUAUUACCAUGUAUCGCCAUGUAUUACCAUGUAUAGCUAUGUAUUGCCAUAUAGCGCCAUGUAUUACCAUAUAUUACCAUUUAUAGCCAUGUAUUACCAUGUAGAACCAUGUAUUACCAUGUAUCGCCAUGUAUUACUAUGUAUAGCCAUGUAUAGCCAUGUAUACCCAUGUAAUACCAUGUACAGCCAUGUAUUACUAUGUAUUACUAUGUAUUACCAUGUAAAGCAAUUUAUAGCCAUGUAUACCCAUGUAAUGCCAUGUAUAGCCAUGUAUAGCCAUGUAUACCCAUGUAAUACCAUGUACAGCCAUGUAUUACUAUGUAUUACUAUGUAUUACCCAUGUAAGGCCAUGUAUAGCCAUGUAUAGCCAUGUAUUACUAUGUAUUACCAUUUAUCGCCAUGUAUUACCAUGUAUAGCCAUGUAUACCCAUGUAAUGCCAUAUAUUACCAUGUAUACCCAUGUAUAGCCAUGUGUUACUAUAUAUUGCCAUGUAUAGCCAGUUAUUACCAUGUAUUGCCAUGUAUUACUAUGUAUAGCCACGUA